ACGGAGCCGCGCCACGGCACGGGAUGGAGAGGACCGCGGCGGCGGCGGCGCUGCUGGCGCUGGCGGCGGCGGCCGCGGCGCGUCAGGCGCCGGUCCUCCAGGUCCGACUCAGCCACGUCACGCACGACCGGGCCGAGGUGCAGAUCGUGAAGCGCAACUCCACGGCCGAUCAGGUGGUGGUGACACUCUCCAGGUUGGACAACCACACCGACUUCCAGCAGCUGAAGACGCAGCUGGACCCGGGCGUCCAGAACGAGCUGAAGAGGCUCACAUUCGGACCCCUAUCCCGAGGAGCCAAGUACAGGAUAUGCAGCAGCGCUCGAAAUAACGGGACGAUCGUGGGAGGCAGCAAGUGCUUCCCCAUCCGAACCUUUGAGGACCGGUUCCUCAUAACAGGUGUGAUCACCGGCGCCGUCACGGCCGGCGUCGUAGUGCUGCUCGCCGGCGCGCUGUACGCCCUGUACCGGGCCGUCUACGGCAGGAGGACGUCCAAGACGAUGGUCGUCAACGACACGGGGAAGCGGGCAAACGGUGUGGACAACCCGGCGGCCACGCUCCCGUGACGGCACGACGCUCGCCAGCGAACGCAGCCGCCGCCGCCGCCGCGCCCGCCGGCCGGACGACGCGGGGCCGCCGGCCGGACGACGCGGGGCCGCUUUGGCCGGACGUGG